UGUUUAUGUCGGCAGCGGCAUGAUUGGCCUGCUUUUUCGUUCGGGAUUCGGUAUUUUGGUUCCACUUUCAUCAGUUUCGUGAUCUCAGUUGUAGGAAAGCAGUGGAGAAAUUCCGGCCUGCUUCGGGGUUCUCCCUGCGUUUGUGUCGUUGAGUGUACUCGGAAGCUUUCUCCUUGGCUUUCUUCCGGAAAUUUGACAUCUUCAUUCUGUACCGUGGUUGCUAGAGAUUUGUUUAUUCUACAAUGAGUUCUCUACCGAAUCUCGCCAAAUCUAUUUUUUUAUUCAUUUCUUGACCAUUUGUGCAUAUUCCGCUACCUCGUUUUGAAUAGUGAGACUUUUUUAUUCAGAGGCGUGAGAGACGGUGAAAGUCUCCCUUUCACCAUAAACCAGAUUAAAAUGUUUCUUGUCACAAAGCUACGCAAGAGUUUCUUGAUGAGAGUAUGCCUAACAUUGGCAGUAGUCUCUCUCCUCUGGCUCCAUGUUGGAGUAUUCAUUUAUCGGGGAGCUGAAAUUGACUUUGAACAUAGGUUUAAUAGCAGCUCAGUUUUAUUAAAUCAUCCAAACUUCAGUAAUAUAGAACUUGCCAAACCCACAAACCUGACUGUUCCAGAACUGAUGGAAAAAAUAACCAUUGAAAAUAAUGAACAGAAAAUUUGGAAUUCAAAUCAUAUUCCAUGGCCACCAGUAAACGAAACUGAAAUUUGGCCUAAAGGAAUCGUGAUUACAAUUCAAGUGCACAAUCGUAUAUCGUACUUAAGGAAGUUACUUAGAAGUCUAUCUCAGGCAGCAUGGAUAGAGAGAGCCCUACUUAUAUUUUCACACAACAUUUAUAGUGAAGAAUUGAAUGAUAUUAUACAAUCCAUUCCCUUUGCUGCUGUGAUGCAAAUCCACUUUCCCUAUUCCACUCAGCUCUUUCCGUCUACGUUUCCGGGAGACUCUCCUUCCGAUUGUCCAAGAGAUAUCAACAAAGAGCGGGCGGUUGCUGUUGGAUGCAGUAACGCCCAAACCCCAGAUUUGUACGGUCACUACCGUGAAGCGCGCUACAGCCAAACAAAGCAUCAUUGGUGGUGGAAAGUAAACUUCAUAUUUGGAAAAAUCAGAGCCCUUCGUCAUUACGAUGGUCCAGUCAUUUUUAUGGAAGAGGAUCACUAUGUUGCAGAAGAUUUUCUGCAUGUGCUUUGGCUUCAACAGAUAUUACUUAAAGGAGGGUCUAAAUGCAAUUUCUGCAAUCAAGCCCACAUUUUGUCGUUGGGAUCUUAUCCCAAAUACUUUAACCACCGUGAAGCAUCGAACAUGGUUGAAUUGUUACCUUGGUCAUCCAGCAAGCAUAACAUGGGCAUGGCAUUCAACCGUUCAGUUUGGCAGAAUUUCCAGAAAUGCUCUGAGAUGUUUUGUUCUGUGGAUGAUUACAACUGGGAUUGGAGCUUACUUCACGUUGCACAGAAAUGUUUACCGUCGCUAUUCGGCGAGCCAGCCAACGAGAAAGGGAAAUCAAAAUUCAUUUUAGGAGCCCUAGUUUUAAAGGCUCCUCGCGUUUUUCACAUAGGCGAAUGUGGGGUCCAUCACCGGAAAGCAAGUUGUGCGUCUGACACUUCGACGUUGCGGAAAGCAGAAACAUCGUUGAGGUCGGCGCGCAAGGCUGAAACCCUUUUCCCAACAACUUUGAGAACUAAAAAUAUGUUGGGUACCAAAGCUGUUCGUCUGAAGAAAGGAAAUGGAGGUUGGGGGGAUCCUCGUGAUAGAGAGUUGUGCCUAUCCCUCACCGUCAUCGACUAGUUGCCACCUGUAAGGUACCCUUUCGCUAGGGUAAGAAUCAGAUUAAAUCGAUUUUAGUUUUAGUUCUUAUCGACCAGGCGUCUUUGUAGAAGAAAUUUGCAUUAAGUACUUUCGAUACUUUCUACUUGCCCAGUCGCACAGCAUAUUGGGAAUAUUGUGAUACAAUAGACGAGAGUCACUUUUAAAUGGCACGCAAGUCGGCAUCCCCAAAAGUUCGAUUCGCACGAAAUCUACAAGUUGUCACGUGAACCAAUCGCAUAAAUCGGGGUUAAACGUCUUAAUUCGACACGCACACCCUAGUGAGCUUACUGUCUUUGGGUACAGGCAUUAACUGACACAGGUUCACAAAGUGUGUUUGGAGGCAUUUAUGUGCGUUUAAAAUCAUAAGUUGAUUUACUCUUGAUUUUCUAUUGGGUACGAUCUGUUUAGUUCUUUUUUUUUGUUGCCCUGUUUAAAAUUUCGUUUCUUCCACCGACCCUUACAUGGAAUGCGAUCGACUGUGCCUUCGAUGUACCCAACUCGAUAAUUCUAGAUAGAAACAGAGUCUAUUUCUAAUUAUACUUGUCGUCGUACGCGUGUAGGCAAAUGGAAAUGUAAUCCUUGACUAGUCAAUCAAAUCCCUGUCAAAAUAGCCUUUCUUUUUUCGUCCCAUUUAAAUGAGUUGUGUGGGUGUAUUUGUGUUUUCUAGCUGUCGGUGUAUUUUCCUCUACGAAACGAAUAGAUUUCUUUAUGGUGUAAA